CCUGCCUUGUGUCUGUGAGCUCCCAUUUCUGCCUGUCUAGCCUGUGCCUCUCUCUCUUACUCACAGUCUGUCUCACUGAGUCUCACACUCUACAGCAACAAUGCAAACCUCCAAGCAAACUACAUACUCUAUGCGCUCCUCCAGUAGUAGCAGGACUCCUGCUAUAUCAAUCACCCGUACCUCUCCUGUCUACAGGGCCCCCACUAUCCAUGGUGGGGCCGGUGGGUCCCGCAUCAGCAUCUCCUCCAGCAUCCGCAGUGGGUUGGGAGCUGGGAUGGGAAUGGGCUCCGGAGCAGGGGGCUUCUCCAGCAGCAUCCAGGUGAGCGGGAACAGCACCGACAUCAUGGGCAAUGAGAAGUUUGCCAUGCAGAACCUGAACGACCGCCUGGCCAGCUACCUGGAGACAGUGAGGGACCUGGAGCAGGCCAACAGCAGGCUGGAGAUUAAGAUUAAGGAGGCCCUGGAGAAGAGUGGACCUGACUUCAGAGACUACAGCAAGUACCACGCCAUCCUGGACGACCUGAGGAAGAAGGUGUUUGAUGCCACCAUCGACAAUGCCCGCCUGAUUCUCAACAUCGACAAUGCUCGCCUGGCAGCCGAUGACUUCAGAGUGAAAUUCGAGUCUGAGCUGGCCAUCCGCCAGUCUGUCGAGGCCGACAUUAUCGGCCUGAGGAAGCUCAUCGAUGACACCAACCUGAGCCGCAUGAAUCUGGAGAGCGAGAUCGAAGCCCUGAAGGAGGAGCUCAUCCACCUCAAGAAGAACCAUGAAAAUGACGUAAUGGAGCUUCGUAACCAGAUUGCCCAGUCAGGAGUCCACGUGGAUAUUGACGCUCCUAAGGGACAGGACCUGGCUAAGAUCAUGGCAGAAAUCCGGGCCAAGUAUGAGAAGAUGGCACAGAAAAACCAGGAAGAACUUAAAGCAUGGCAUGAAUCUCAGAUUACAGAAGUGCAGACCCAAGUCAGCCAGAACACAGAGGCCCUUAAGGGUGCCCAGACAGAGUUCAAUGAACUGCGUAGACAGCUGCAAACCCUGGAGAUCGAGCUGGAGUCACAGAGGAGCCUGAAAGCCUCUCUGGAGGGCACACUGAGGGACACAGAGGUACGUUACAACAUGGAGAUUGAGUCUCUCAACACCAUCAUCCGGGGUCUGGAGGCGGAGCUCACACAGCUGCGAAACAGUAUCCAGCUGCAGACGCAGGAGUACGAAGUCCUGCUCAACAUGAAGAUGAAGCUGGAGGCCGAGAUCGCAACAUACAGAUGCCUGCUGGACGGUGGAGACUUCAAGCUCCAGGACGCUCUGGAAGACCAGAAAACAAAGACCAAAGUGAUGACUGUCACACAGACCCUGGUGGAUGGCAAGGUGGUUUCCUCCAGCACAAAGACCAAGAACCUUUGAAUACCAGAAGCAACCACCUGACACUCCCAACAAUCGCUUUCCCUGCAUCAUAACACUAACAAAAGAUUGGCCAAAACUUUUUCAACUGGGUUCUCCUGAGUUCUUAGUCAUACAGCACUAACGCUCUCAGCUGUCACUGUAAUGAAUUCGACUUCCUGGGUAUACAGCUCUUUCACAGGCUGAUAAAAAAAACUGGAUCAGAGGAAAACUAAAUAAUCUUUUAUUUAUUUCAUCAUGAUGUUAUUUAUGUGUUUGUGUACUGAUCAGAAGAUGUUCAGAAUUCAGAAUUGGAGAACUGUGAGCGCUUUCAGAGACAAACUGAUACUACAAUGAAUAUUUCAAAGUAAUAAGAAGUCCAAUUAAAUACAAACCAUUUUUUAUUUUUCAUCAUUUUUGGUUUUCUUUCUGUCCAGUUAAGUCUGCCUGUUGCGCUGUGAUGUUCAGACAUUUCAAUAAAGUCGAUUUGAAAAAAAG